UUAAAACAACCUUUCCUAUCCUGAGGGCAGACACCAGUCUGCAUAUUUUGGAUUUUUGCGAAGAAGAUUCAGUCGAUACCGUGCUGAAUGCUCGCACCAAUCCUGCCAAUCCCAAGCCAAAGGAUGCGUCAUCUACUAGCGAUGAGGUGCCUGGGGCGAUUGGUUUUACCAGCAGGAUGCACCAAGAAAGAGAAGACUCCGAUGGCAAACAGGGAAAAAACAGCAAAAUCCGUUAAAAGAAAAAUUGCAAAAUUUUUCCGUACAAUGGGGAAGAAGAUUAUGAGCCCCUUUGUUCACUGCUUCGGGAGGAACAAAGUGGUACCUUUCAUACCCUCCCCAGAGCUGAAACCGGGGAAUCCGGGGAAGGCCAAUGAUGAUCUGGUCAAAUCACAGAUGAAGAUCAGUUCCGGGAUGAAGGGUGAUGAUAAUAUUGCCCAUCCCGUGGCAAAGGCAGACUAUGAUCUGCCAAAUACUACAAAGACUGUUGAUGUAUCGUCCGCCACCCAGCAUUACACUGGCACUUCUUCUGUCAGUAUUCCUCAGUCUGUCAUCCUGAGGGCAGAUACCAGUCUGCAUAUUUUGGAUUUAAGCGAAGACGAUUCAGUCGAUACUGUGCUGAAUGCUCGCACCAAUCCUGCCAAUCCCAAGCCAAAGAAGCCAACGUCAUCUACUAGCGAUGAGGGGCUUGGGGCGAGUGGCUUUACCGGCAGGAUGUACCAAAAAAGCCAUGAAUCUGCUGGCAAACAGGGUUUCAUUAUUCCAUGUGAACCCAAGGAGAAGACAGAAACCAACCCUGCCAGUCCCAAGCCAAAGAAGCCAGCCUCAUCUACUAGCGAUGAGGUGCCUGGGGUGAUUGGCUUUACCAGCAGGGUGUACCAAGAAAGAGAAGACUCCGAUGUCAAACAGGUCAACAUCAAGCAAGUUUCAAAAUGGACCCGUAACCCCUGCAUUAAUAUUAAGGCUGACAAUAAUCCAGGCAAUGCCAAAUUAAAGACUGGCACCAUUCCCAAGGCAAAGGUUGGCACCGGUGUUGGCAAUCCAGUUCGAAAGCCUGUUGUUAUUCCAUGUGGUAUCAUGGUGAAGGCAGACCCCAAACCUGCCAUCCCCAAAAAGACGGCUGUUUUUCACAAGCGUGAUAAGAAGGUGAAGGCAGACCCCAAACCUGCCAUCCCCAAAAAGGCGGCUGUUUUUCAUAAGAGUGAUAAGGUGAAGGCAGUAACCAAACCUGCCAUUCCAAAGAAGACAGCUGAUACCGAGGUGAAAGCAGAUACAGAGGAGCUCGAUCCGGCACACAGAACCUUGUUUGAUGAUUAUUGUAUUGAUACAGAUAAUCCGCUUGGUAAAGGUAGCUUUGGCACUGUGUUCCCGGGGACAUGUAAAUCUGAUGGCAAACCGGUUGCUGUCAAGUUUGUGAAACGAAAGCAACCAAACCGUUUCUUUAGUACGCCUGGAUCUGGACUGGUUCUUACAGAACUAGCAGUGUUGCUCAGGUUAAAGGAAAAUCCAAACCCUUAUGUGAUCAAACUUUAUGACAGCUAUGAGGAUCCGGCUUACUUCAUACUCGUCAUGGAGCGGCCUGAUCCUUGCACGACCUUGCAUGAGUUUAUUAAAAUUCAACGAGGUCUUCUGGAAUCAACAGCACGCACUCUAAUGCGUCAGGCAGUCAUCGCAGUGAAACAUUGCUUUAAGCAUGAGAUUUUUCAUACUGACCUCCAUGCUGGCAACUUCCUGGUGGAUAAAAACAACAUGCUGCUGAAGCUGAUCGACUUUGGGUGCUGUGACCGAUUAAGAGAUACAGCCUAUGCAUACGAAGAGUAUUUGGGGGCACCGGCUUAUCGGCCACCUGAGGUCCGCAACAGGGGCAGAUACCACGCCAUGUCAAGCAGUGUCUGGUCUCUGGGAACUCUGCUCUAUUAUAUGGUUAAUGAAAACUUGCCCUUUCCCAAAUAUGGGCCGGUUACUGAAGGCAUAAUAAACCAUGAGAAUGACUAUUUAACAAAGGGGAAAAAAAAACAGCAAAAUCCAUUAAAAGAAAAAUUACAAAAUAUUUCCAGACAAUGGGGAAGAAGAUAAAGAGCCCCUUUGUUCACUGCUUCGGGAGGAACAAAGUGGUACCUCUCAUACCCUCCCCAGAGCUGAA